AUGUUUAGCCUGUCUGAUUUGAAUCCUUUGGAGCUUUUCGCCGAACACUUGGCAAGACAGUUAAAUGUCGAUCUAUAUUCGGUCCGCUAUCUGUUAACCAUCGUUUUUGGUACCAAUAUACUUUAUAUUAAUGUUGUAGGUUAUCCUAUUGCCAUAAUUUAUGCGCUCUUCAUUCGUGAUCGUGGUGCACGUGCUUGCAAUAUCUACAUUUUCCUCACGGGAUUUAUCUUAUCAUGUUGGAACUUCGGCUACUACCUGGUCAAUUAUGGUACCUACGACAUAAAUUGGACGAUGGCAUAUUGCAUCCUUUGUCUCAGAUUAAUCGGAUUCUCUUGGGAUUAUAGGGAUGGUGCUCUGCCCGAGGUUUGCCAGACUAUAAUAUUAAUGUCUUUACUAUCAGCCUUUGAUAUUUUUAAUUGCAUUUUAUUAAUGAAUUCCCCAACUAUGUUUAUCUUCCCGAAUGGUGUAGCUACAUGA